AUGCAAUUGAGUCUCCUGAACUGUCUCUUCCUGCCCGUAUUGGUGACGGCUGCUGCUUCGAGCGCGCAGGGGGAUGAAUGCUAUCCGGCGGUGUUUGAGCCUACGCAUGAGUUUUGGGCGGUGAAGGCGGAUCAGGCCAUUCCAGCUGGUCUGCAUGUCCGACUGAAUAUGGAGACAGGAGCGCGGGAAGCGAAACUCCUCGCAGAUGAGCCCGACGAGAACCUCGCCAUGGUCGUAGUAAACCCCGAAGACGGUGCACAAGUCAUCAGCGUCGAGGAACCACCAGAUCCCGCACAACACCACAAACCAAACGCCCGAAUCCCCAUAGGAGACUUUGAGGUUUUCGAAGACGCCGUAUCCAAGGUCAUGUCCCCGAAAUCCUCCACCUCAGACCUCACAUCCGCCUUCGCCGCUCUAGAAGACCUCGCUCACGAAAUGGAUUUUGGGAUCAAGCUCGUCAAGAAACCUAUAUUAACACGCCUGGUGGAAAUGCUUUCACACGCCUCCCCCCAAAUCCGCUCCAACACCGCCCUCAUCCUCGGCUCCACCCUCCGAAAUAAUCCACCCGCCCAAUCCCUCGCCGCCUCGACCCUCAACCUCGUUCAUGAACUCGUACAGCGAUUAAGUGAGGAAGAUGUGGGAGAGGUGAAGGCGAGGUUGGUGUAUGCGCUCAGUGCUGCGGUGAGUGGGGAAGUAGGGAGGAGGGAGUGGAGGGGGAGUGGAGGAGAUAGGGUGUUGAGGAGUGUUUUCAGGGAGAGUGCGGGUGGGAGUGAAGAGAGUGGAUUCCUGGGGAAGGUUGCCGUGCUUGUGGAGGAUAAUCUUGUGCAUGAGGCAAUCACCGAAUCUCCUAGGAAUGUGGCGACAGGAAAACAGGAGGGAAUACCUGCAGAGUACGAGCCACGAAUGCGACAGGAGGAGCGGCUAGGAAUCUGGUGCGCCGAAUUUCAGCGAGCCCUACUGACCAAAUCUCUAACCCCCGACACCCGCCACAAACUCUUCCACGCACUGACCGCCAUCAAACGCACCUACCCAAACGUCUGCGAAACCGAGACAGGAUUCCUGGAGUGGCUGUCAGAACACUCGGUCCAAGCGGUUGGAGAAGCGGCGGAGGGUGAUGAGUUUCUGGGGUUGGUGAGGGAGACAAGGGGGAUGUGGGGGAAUGGAAAGGCGGGGAGGAAGUUUCAUCAUGAUGCAUUAUAG